AUUAAGUAAGAGGCACGUGAUAUUUUAUUAAAAGGAGUGACAGUUUUUCCUUACACUGAUCUGUCUGCAAGACACUUCUGAAAAUAUAACCAACAUGAAGGUCCUUGUAACUGUGGCAUUUUUAUAUGUGACUGUUGCCAUCACAGAGAGUGCCAUUCUUGGUGUUUAUCCUUCCAGGGGAAAUAGCAGAGCUUGUGGUAAAGCCAAUAAUACCAUACCAUAUUAUUUUGGAGAAACUGACCUGGCCUGCAUGAACUUUGGAAUUAAUCGAAUUACACGCCAACGUCGCACAGCACCCAGCAGAUUUACCUUCAAGUUUUCCCACCGAUGGAUCUAUACUGCAGGGGUGUUCCUAGAAUUUGGCAACCGAAUAGGUCGUGAUGCAGCUCUAGUUAAAACAGACUACCCCAACCUCGGUAAUGUCUGUACAAUGACAAUAGAAAAAGUUCCAGCUGGCUACACUCGACUCAGCCCAGGGUGUAUUAAAAGCUGCAUAAGAAACUAUGUGGACAAGUUUGGAAAUUACAACUUCUACAGAAACAACUGUCACCACUUUGUGAACAAGGUGUCCAUUUUGCUGUGUUUGGGAAGGAAAUGUCCAAAGUGGUGUAAAUACAUGCCAGAAGACGAUGGGGUUAUUGAUGAAGAAAAUGAGAAAGAGAUAGAAUUAGCCAUGGACGAAGUGGAUAGAGAGAAAGUAGAGAACCCCCACUAACUGCAGGUUAAGAAGAACAGAAUCACAACAGAGAGUUUGCCAGACUCAUCCAAACUUAAAGCAUCCGACGAUUUCUAUCAUACAAAACAAAUGAUUAUACCUAUUCUUACAGUGGAUUUGUUAAACAUAUCAUUCUUGAAUAUAAAAAAUAAAAUUAUUUGACUCGCA